GUUCACGGAUUGCCGCCAUUUUCCCGAUCUCAAGUAAAUCUGUGUUCCAGAAUACAGUAUGUGAUUUUCACCAGCUGUUAUAGCCCACCCUACUGAAUUAACCCACCGAUAUCUAACCGAGAUCGUGCUUUGGCACGUUGGACUGUCUCCUUGCUUCUUCCUGCUCUACUCGCUUCAAGUGACCAUACCAUGAGGUUCCUUUGCCUCUCCUUGGCCCUGUUGAUGCUGGCCGUAUCAGUGACAUCAUUUGGAAUCAAUGAUCUCAGGGCUUCCAGAUUGGAAGCGGUUCACCGCUGGACGGACAAGCGGUUCGGUCAGAUCGCUGGUCUGUCCACAGACACUGAUGGCGACUUGCACAUCUUUCACAGAGCUAUGGUAACUUGGAAAGCAGACACUUUUGGUCCCAAAGAUAAAUGCUACCUGAAGCGACCCAUACCAAAAUCUACUGUCAUGAAGGUCAACCCGAAAACAGGAAAAAUUUCAGAACGAUGGGGAAACGGAUUAUUUUAUCUACCUCAUGGACUGACCAUCGACCACGACGACAAUUUCUGGAUGACAGAUGUUUGUUUGCACCAAGUGUUCAAAUUUGACAAAGAUCACAAAAAGAUUUUGGAGCUGGGCGAGGCCAGGGUUCCUGGCACGGAUGAGACUCAUUUCUGUAAGCCAACGGACGUGGCUGUUGCAGGCAAUGGGGUCUUCUUCGUUUCUGACGGUUAUUGCAAUAGCAGAAUUGUUAAGUUCAAUCCUGAUGGAAGCUUCAACUAUACAUGGGGCAGAGACGCCGAUGAUGAUACUCGACCAAAGCCAGCCGAAUUCCUGAUCCCUCACAGCCUUGCCCUCAUUGAGGAGAGAGACCUGCUCUGUGUUGCUGACAGAGAGCACGGCAGGAUUCAAUGUUUCAAAGCUGGCUUAGAAGAUCCCAGCGAGACUGGAGAGUUUGUCUUCGGCAUCCCCAGCCCAAAUGACGGCAUUGAUAUAGGAAAGGUUUUCGCCAUUGCCUACGAUUCCGAAGCUAAACUCUUGUAUGCGGUAAACGGUAGGUCACCAACGGUAUAUGAAGUCCAGGGAUUAACUAUUGAUCUUGACCGGAGGCAGAUCAUUGAUACAUGGGAGCCAAGCCAGGGAAAGACUCCUUUCUAUACCCCUCACGAUCUCGCCACUGACAGCCGGGGUUCCGUUUACGUUGGUGAAAUCGGUCCAAACGUUGUCUGGCAGUUCAGAUAUGGCGGCAAGAAGUAAACAAUUUGGAAAGAAGCAGACGACUUCAAAUCAACCGACUAAAGUAUACAGCAAAGCAAACUGCUUCCAGAUGAGGCCGAGGGCAGGCCAUGUUUCAUCGGUAUAAUGGGUAUUAAAAGGGCGUUACAAAUCGAUAAGCGUUUGGAUGUAGCCCAAAAAGUGUCCGAAUUUCGUACUUUUUCCUAGUCCUGGUUUAAGGUUUCAGGAUUGAAUGUGAUCUGCCCGGAGUCUGAAAUAUGUCACCAUGCGAUUUACCAAAAAAUAUUUUAUACAUGAAGAAUUCACCUUCUUUAAGCUCAACAUUUCAAACACAUUAAAAUAUUUUCAGGGAUUACACAUUACAAUGUAUAAGGUGCAAACUAGUCAAUUCUCGUUUAGAUCAUCAAUGUAUACUCGAGUACUGAUGAAACUAAUUGUUUAGAUUAUCGAUGUAAAGCACAAAUUUAUGAUAUAAACCAGUACUUAUGAUCUAAACGAGUUCUUACUUGAUACUUUCAAGAAUACAUUUUAACAUACUCUAGAAACACCACCGAAUACUCGAGAAACGCUUCCCUAGAAAAACCAUUGGAUCCGUAAUAUAAUCAAUUCACCUCCACCGUUUUUCUGAAUCAGUAUAGUAUUGUGCAUCAACCAUCGGUGUCCUGAAUACUUAAGAAAAUAUCAGUACCCAAUGAUACUCUGAUUGUGAUCGUGAUGUAGACUACAUGUAUAUGUUUGUAAACAAUGUGAUGUAUGAUAUUUUUUGUAAAUCAGGUGAUAUUCUGAAAGGUACAAUGUAUACUUAUGUCGUCAUUAUUAAACAAUAUCCAUAUACAUACCUGUAGCAAAGCGUAAUACAAAGGUUAAGCCGCUUUCAUGUUACACGUUCAACAUCACAUACAAUACGUUUUAUUCGAGCUUUGGCGAUAAAGACGCUCAACUGUUCAUUGAAUUACGAUACUAGGCAGUAACUUCAAUAACAUCAUAAUCUACGGUGAACAAUAACGUGCUUUUAAUCAUUGGAUUUAUUGUCUUCAUGGUCAGCUGAAAAUAACGGACUGUCCCCCCAAAAAACAUUUACCCCUUUCCACGUAAUGUUGAUGAAAAGAUUGUUUAAAAAGAUUAUUUGACGUCAACAUUUCGCUUUCUUUUGGUUGUGAGAAAACGAGUCUGAAAACCAAAAUGUGAUAUUUGUGACUCGUUAGAAGAUGGUUUUCCAUUUAACAUGUUCAGCUACACUCAUAGGAAAAAAGUUAUAUAUACUGUUAUGGCGGUCUAUACGUUUCUUGGGAUGGCCUGGCAGAGCUAAAAAAAUAUUUCUAAAACUUUGGUCUCUCUUGAGUUAAGCCGGAGUUUGUCUCCCUCCUCGAUACUAGCCAUUCCAGGAUCCGUGAUAACCAAGUUGUGAUAUAAAAUGUGAAUUCAUCAAAUGUCUUGAUGUCUACUUGUUGUAAGCAACAUCAUUGUGUGACAUCUAUAAAACUACAUGAGGAAUCAUGCUGUUGUCAACAACAUUCCAAUGCAUGUAAAUACGCUUCAGAACAUCCUGACAUAACCAGUGAUUUUCAAUAUACUCCGCCUCUAGGAGUAAGAGUAUCAAAGGACGGCUUCAGAAGAGAUGACAAGAAAUGCACAAAAUUGCAUCCGAUCCGGUACAAGCCUACACUCUGGGUGCUGUGGAAUAGGCCUAGUCCCUCCCGUAUAUAAGCAGUAUAUCAAUACUAGUAGGAUGACGAAAUCGGACCAUGUCGGGAGUCUAACCACAGCCACCUUCCCUUACCCAGGAGAAUGAGACAAAACAGACAACAACCAGGUAGCCAUCAGGAGUUAAAAUAUAGGUUGUGAGUUAUUGUUGAAGAAUUUUCUUUAUGAAUUAUGAAUACAUUAGUUGUCAGUUUCUUGUAUACAUGUUGAUGUAAAUACUCCUUUUAGAGUAGAUGUUUCGCUUCUCUGCUUUCUUAUGAAAAUUCAGCAUUUCGUCAUCGAGUUCUUUUCAAUGGAGGGGUGAGGUACAUUUGUAUGCAAGUGAUAUUUUUGACUAAUAACAAUUUGCUUUUCAGCUCGUUUCAUUUAAAAAAAACGAACAUGUCAAUGCUAAAUUUGAUCUUCGCGCACUUCACAAAUACUCAUUAUAACCUACUGAAAAUAUGGAAUUUUCCUUCCUCUCACCUGCUUUGGUAGUGUGUCAGUUGUACCCGAAUGAUAUCGUGAGUGCCCUGCACUAUCGCCAUGGUCACCACGUCUGGCUUUUCACUAGUUUUUUUAACAUUCUACAAUUUUCAGUAAUUCGUUUGACAUGUGUUGAAGAGAGCGCAUAGCCAGAGGCCACUUCCGGUUCAGAACAACCAGCAAUGCAUGUUUUGUGAUGUUUUUUGAAAAUUUUAUAUCGGUUUUCUACAGAUCUCGUAGGCAUGGACAUUAAAGUUAAGUCGGGUUAAUUCUAUUUCUGAUGGCUGCCAAUUUGUGGGUUUGUCAGAUGUCAGUUCGUGUGUGUCUGGCUGGCUGGCUGGGGGAAGGAGUAUGGCGAAAGUGGUCAAAAGGUCUACCGUUCUCAUCAUCAGUCAUGAUGUAUUUCGUGGUUGUGAAAUUAAACAUGUACUGCAUGUUGUAUAUAGUUACAUGUAUGGGCAGGGUUGUUCAAACAGGGUUAGCCUGAAUAAUAUCACACUUGCCGUAUCUACAAGGUACCUAAGGUGUGGCUACUGGCGCGAUUAACACUAUAUAUGUAACGGGCUAACAAUGUAAAGAAUAGCCACGCCCUCGUCUUCGAUCAUGGUUUGAUUAGCAAUAAGUCUAUUGGUAUCAAAAUACUCUUCUCUAAUCAAGAUAUUACAAGAGUUAUCAAAUCUCUUAAUUCGAAACUCCAUAAUCUGAAUUCUUACGUCUUCGCUUCAUUUCAGGAAAAUAAAAAUACUAUAAUACACAUGUAUGAUAAUUUGUUUUUAAAAACUCAAAUCUUCUUGAGGUCGGAAGACCACGGUCUGUACUCUAGUUGUGCACGUCGGCCAGAGUCAUAUAACGAGGCUAGAUUCCUUGCACGUGACUGCAUGCACGAGAUUCACAUUAGCCAACUUCCGGCAACUUUUGAGCAUCAUGGGUUGAGGCAGUACACGAGGCCUUAUUGGCCCUGUUCGGAAUGUACAUCGAAAAUUGUAAGAGAAAAUGUCUUUCAUCCUCAACUUUCCUUUCUGAAGUCUCUGUUCGAUUUGUUGUCUGUUGAUUAAUAAAGAGGUGUUGGUGCACUUAUAAAAAU